AUGACUCUCCUGCUGACCCCUCUGCUGACCCUGUCCGCGCUCUGGCUGGCCCCGACGGUGCGCUCCCGGCCGCUGGCGGACGCCGGCCCGCACGUCUACUACGGCUGGGGGGAGCCCAUUCGCCUGCGGCAUCUCUACACGGCCAACCGGCAUGGGCUGGCCAGCUUCUUUUUCCUGAGGAUCCACCGCGACGGCCGCGUGGACGGCAGCCGGAGUCAGAGCUCGCUAAGUUUGCUGGAGAUCAAGGCGGUAGCUCUUCGGACUGUGGCGAUCAAGGGGGUCCACAGCUCUCGGUACCUGUGUAUGGGAGACGCCGGGAAGCUCCAGGGAUCGGUGAGGUUCUCUGCGGAAGACUGUACCUUUGAGGAGCAGAUUCGCCCCGACGGCUACAAUGUGUACCAGUCCCCGAAGUACGGCCUGCCCAUCUCCCUGUGCACUGACAAGCAGAGGCAGCAGUUCCAAGGCAAGGACUUCCUGCCUCUGUCUCAUUUCUUGCCCAUGAUCAGCUCUGUUCCUCUGGAGGCUGAGGAGGCUGAGAGCCACAGGGCAUCCUUUGACCCCGAGAUGUUUUCCUCAUCUCUGGAAACCGACAGCAUGGACCCCUUUGGCUUCGCCUCCAAACUGUCGUCCAUCAAGAGCCCCAGCUUCCAGAAAUAAUGCAGGCCCUGCCAGGAUUUGGGACC